CUCAUUUACGUACAUGAGAUCUUAUUUUCUAUACUGACAAAAAGGACGAAAAUAAAGAAAAAUUACUCUAAAAUAUCGAAACCACGCGAUUAGGGUUUCCUUUCUUAUUUUAUUUCGAAUUUGUAUCAUCAUCACUCCUUAAAUCAGCUCAUUUCCCAAUUUUCUCCUUCAUCUCCCUCUCACAUUAGCUGUCGAUUUUCUUGAUUUUUCGCCAGUCGAUUGCUCGGUCGCUCGAUUAACCGCCGGCGGUUUCAAUUGGUCUCGAGAUGGUAACAAUUUGGGGAUCGGUGGGGAAGCUGAUAGCCGAUUGAUCGGCGAGUUGGUCUGUAGGUUUUGUAGGGCUAUUGUAUGGAAACUCGGAGCCGGAAGCGGGCCGAGGCAUCCACCUCAGCAUCGUUAUCUGGCCCAGCCACACGUACCCCCAAACGCGCUCGUUUAUCGACUGCAUUCAUUGCCCCAGCCUCUGCCUCCCCUUCGGUUUCCACUCGCUCAAGGUCAGCCGCCCGAUCUGCUUCAAUGGACCCUAGCUCAGAACCCUCUGCCGCCUCUGGCUCCACCACACGCAGCCGACGUGGCAAAAACCCUAAUAGCAAUCAGAAUUGGGAAGGCAGCAAUUCGAUCGCCGAUAAGGGCAAGGAGAAAGAACCCGAGAUCAGGCAGCGAGAAAUGGAGAGGAAUGUGGGGCUCAACAUUGACUCGCAUGGCGGGGAUGAAGAUGAUGAUAAUGACUCUGAAGGUGGAGUUGGUGUGUUGCACCCGAAUUUGACCUCGGCAAGCAGUGCUCUUCAGGGACUGCUCAGGAAGCUUGGUGCCGGGCUGGAUGAUUUGCUGCCGAGCGCAGCCAUAGGCUCGGCUUCGUCUUCUCACCAAAGCGGGCGGCUGAAAAAGAUUUUGUCGGGUUUGAGAGCUGAUGGAGAGGAAGGGAAGCAAGUUGAGGCGCUCACGCAGCUUUGUGAGAUGCUCUCGAUAGGGACCGAGGACUCUCUGAGUACCUUUUCGGUGGAUUCUUUUGUGCCGGUUUUGGUGGGAUUGCUCAAUCACGAGAGUAAUCCUGAUAUAAUGCUCUUGGCUGCAAGGGCACUCACGCACCUGGUUGAUGUGUUGCCAUCGUCUUGUGCUGCUGUGGUGCAUUAUGGUUCUGUCUCCUGCUUUGUUGCUAGGCUGCUGACUAUAGAGUACAUGGACUUGGCUGAACAGUCUCUGCAAGCACUGAAGAAGAUAUCUCAGGAACAUCCUACUGCUUGCUUGAGGGCUGGUGCUCUUAUGGCGGUGCUUUCUUACCUAGACUUCUUUCCCACUGGUGUCCAGAGAGUGGCCUUGGCAACUGCUGCAAAUAUGUGCAAGAAACUACCGUCAGAUGCUGCUGAUUUUGUUAUGGAAGCUGUACCUUUGUUGACAAAUCUCUUACAGUAUCCUGAUGCCAAGGUUUUGGAAUCUGCAUCUAUUUGCUUGACGCGGAUUGCUGAGGCAUUUGCCUCGUCACCUGAGAAGCUCGAUGAACUUUGCAACCAUGGUCUUGUUGCACAAACUGCUGCUCUUAUUUCCUCGACUAAUGCUGGAGGGGGUCAGGCUUCCCUUAGCACUUCUACCUACACGGGUUUGAUACGUCUUCUUUCCACAUGUGCAAGUGGUUCUCCUUUGGGAGCAAAGUCCUUGCUUCUCUUAGGUAUCAGUGGGACUCUGAAAGAAAUAUUACAAGGGCCUGGUCUUGUGUCAAGCAUGUCUGUUUCACCUGCUUUGAGUAGACCUCCAGAGCAGGUCUUUGAGAUUGUGAACCUGGCAAAUGAGCUUCUUCCACCACUUCCUCAAGGAAUAAUCUCUCUUCCAGUCAGCAGUAGUUUGUUUAUGAAAGGCCCGCUUUUUAAAAGGAGUAAUGCAGGCACCUCUAGCAAGCCGGAUGAUUCAAAUGGGAAUAUGCAAGAGGUUUUAACUCGUAAAGAACUAUUGAAUGAUCAGCCUGAACUUCUACAGCAAUUUGGAAUGGAUCUUCUUCCUGUUCUGGUCCAAAUCUAUGGUUCCAGUGUGAAUGGUCCAGUACGCCAUAAAUGUCUCUCAGUUAUUGGAAAGCUCAUGUACUUCAGCUCGUCUGAAAUGAUUCAAUCUUUGAUAAAUGUCACAAACAUAUCAAGUUUCUUAGCAGGUGUUUUAGCCUGGAAAGAUCCUCAAGUUCUGGUGCCUGCUCUUCAAAUAGCUGAAAUUUUGAUGGAGAAGCUUCCUGAUACUUUCUCUAAGAUGUUCGUAAGGGAAGGUGUUGUUCAUGCUGUGGAUGCAUUGAUACUCACUGGACCUACUAGCAGUUCUCAACCAUCUCCUCUUGAGAAGGAAAAUGAUUCCAUUCCAGGGUCAUCAAGGUCCAGACGAAAUCGUAGACGUGGCAGCAACCCUAGUUCUGAUGCAAAUCCUGACGACAAAAGCUCAAUUCCAAGUAUUGUUUCUCAGCCAAAUACAGUUGAAAUACCAACAGUCAAUUCUAGCCUCCGUGCCACCGUCAGCGCAUGUGCAAAAUCGUUCAAGGAAAAAUAUUUUCCUUCAGGGGCGGAGGGUAGUGAGAGUGGAGCCACAGAUGAUCUCAUCCGCUUAAAGAAUCUCUGCACAAAGCUGAAUGCCGGAAUAGAUGAGCAGAAGAAUAAAUUAAAAGGAAAAUCAAAAGCUUCUGGCCCCCGGCUUGGUGAAAUUUGUGCUAGGCAGGAGGAAAAUUUGGUUGAGGUGAUAACUGAGAUGCUGCGUGAAUUUUGCCGCGAGGGUGGGGUCUCGACUUUCGAGUUCAUCGGUAGUGGAGCUGUUGCGUCUCUGCUUAACUAUUUCACCUGCGGCUACUUCUCCAAGGAGAGAAUCUCCGAUUCCAAUCUUCCCAAACUUCGAGAACAGGCAAUCAGGAGGUACCGAUCUUUUGUUUCUGUGGCUCUUCCCUCGAGCGUUGGAGAAGGUACUUUAGUUCCCAUGAGUGUUUUGGUUCAGAAGCUUCAGAAUGCUUUGUCCUCUUUAGAGCGCUUUCCUGUUGUGCUUAGCCACUCAUCUCGGCCGUCUAGCGCCAAUGCCCGUCUCUCAUCAGGCCUGAGCGCCCUUUCUCAGCCAUUUAAGCUGCGCCUUUGUCGGGUCCAGGGAGAAAAAUCUCUUCGUGACUACUCGUCGAACGUUGUGUUGAUUGAUCCGCUGGCGAGCUUGGCUGCUGUUGAGGAUUUCCUUUGGCCAAGGAUUCAAAGGGGUGAGUCCGGUCAGAUUCCUUCGGUAUCCACUGAUAACUCUGAGGUGGGAACUGCUGCUACAGGGACAGGAGAGGUUUCACCAUCUGCUCCAACUCCGGCUACUGCCUCCAGGCGUCAGUCCACUCGUUCCAGAUCUUCUAUGAAUAUAGGCGAUGCUGGGGAGAAAUAUUCGUCACUUGAGAAAAGUUUGAGCUCGUCAAAAGCCAAAGGGAAAGCAGUUCUGAAGCCUAAUCAGGAAGAGAGUCGGGGCCCCCAGACCCGGAAUGCUACCCGGAGACGAGCAGCACUGGACAAAGACAAUGAGAUGAAAUCAGCAGAGGGGGGCACCAGCUCUGAGGAUGAUGAAUUGGAUAUUUCACCUGUUGAAAUUGAUGAGGCUUUGGUGAUUGAAGAUGAUGAUAUGUCUGAUGAUGACGACGACGAUGAAAAUGAUGAUGUUCUUGGAGAUGAUAACCUUCCCAUGUGCAUGUCGGACAGAGUGCAUGAUGUCAAGUUGAACGACUCUGUAGAAGACUCUCCUGUCCCCAACUCGAGUGAUGGACAUAACAACGCCACAUGUAGUUCCAGCAGCAGAGCUUCUGCUGGUGGUAGUUUGUUCGGUUCAAGGGGAGCAAUGUCCUUUGCUGCUGCUGCCAUGGCUGGACUUGCAUCUGGAAACAGUAAAGGAGUGAGGGGAGGUCGAGACCGGCAUGGGAACCUCUUAUUUGGCUCGAAAGGUUCUCCGAAGCUAAUAUUCACCGCAGGUGGAAGGCAACUUAGUCGACAUUUGACCAUUUAUCAGGCUAUUCAAAGGCAGCUUGUUUCUGAUGAGGAUGACGAGGAUGGGUUUGCUGGCAGCGAUCUUGUAUCUAGCGAUGGUAGCAGGCUCUGGACGGAUAUUUACACCAUUAUGUACCAAAAGGCAGAUGGUCAAGCUGAGAGGUCCUCCUCACUUGGGACCGUAAGCUCCACGACUCCAUCGAAGUCGACUAAAGCCAAUUCUUCUAGUAAUUUGGGCUCUUCUGAUGCAUCGACCCAAAAUGUGUCUUUAUUGGAUAGCAUUCUUCAAGGAGAGCUCCCUUGUGACCUGGAAAGAAAUAAUCCGACCUAUAACAUACUAGCACUGUUGCGCGUAUUGGACGGGCUGAACCAACUUGCCCGGCGUUUGAGGUCACAGCAGAUAAUCGACAUGUUCUCUGAGGGGAAGGUGUCGAGUCUGAACGAGCUCACCACGACAGGUGUCAGAGUUCCACCGGAGGAUUUUAUAAACGGGAAGCUUACUCCGAAACUUGCCCGUCAAAUUCAGGAUGCUCUCGCGCUUUGCAGCGGGUCCCUCCCAUCUUGGUGCUACCAAUUGACUAAAGCUUGCCCCUUUUUAUUUCCUUUCGAAACUCGACGCCAGUAUUUCUAUUCCACUGCUUUUGGAUUGUCCCGUGCCUUGUAUCGGCUCCAGCAGCAGCAAGGUGCGGAGGGUCAUGGCUCGGCUGGCGACAGGGAGGUAAGGGUCGGGAGGUUACAGAGACAGAAGGUUCGAGUUUCGAGGAAUCGGAUAUUGGACUCGGCCGCCAAAGUUAUGGAGAUGUGUUCCAGUCAGAAGGCUAUUCUUGAGGUUGAAUAUUUUGGUGAGGUAGGGACUGGUUUGGGGCCAACUCUCGAGUUCUACACGCUUUUGAGUCAUGAGCUUCAGAAAGAUGGACUGGGGAUGUGGAGAUCUGGUUGCUCAUCUAGUGGGCCCUCCAUAGAGGUCGAUGGAGAUAUUAUUCAUGUGCCUCUUGGGUUGUUCCCUCGUCCUUGGCCGCCCAAUGCUGAUGCUUCAGAUGGCAGCAAAUUUUUUAAGGUGAUGGAGUAUUACCGUUUGCUCGGGCGAGUUAUGGCUAAAGCUCUCCAGGAUGGGAGGCUCCUGGAUCUGCCACUUUCGGUUGCCUUUUAUAAACUUGUUCUCGGUCAAGAGCUGGAUUUGCAUGAUAUUGUUACUUUCGACCCAGAACUAGGUACUACUUUGCAAGAAUUGCAAGCGCUUGUGUCCCGAAAACAGUAUUUAGAAUCAACAGGAAGUUACAACUUGGAGGAUUUGUGUUUCCGUGGAGCUUCAAUUGAAGAUCUUUGUUUGGAUUUCUCUCUCCCAGGCUACCCUGAGUAUAUCCUGAAACCAGGCAGUGAGAAUGUGGAUAUAAGUAAUUUGGGAGAUUAUGUUUCCUUUGUGGUAGAUGCUACUGUAGAAACUGGAAUCUUGCGGCAAAUAGAAGCAUUUAGAUCUGGAUUCAACCAGGUGUUUGACAUUGCAAGUCUACAAAUUUUUUCUCCCGAUGAGUUGGACUACCUGUUGUGUGGCCGUAGAGAGUUGUGGAAGGCCGAGUCCCUGGUAGAUCACAUUAAGUUCGACCAUGGAUAUACUUCUAAGAGUCCUGCUAUAGUCAAUCUUCUUGAGAUCAUGUGCGAGUUCACUCCCGAGCAGCAACGUGCAUUCUGUCAAUUUGUGACUGGUGCCCCUCGGCUUCCACCUGGUGGUCUGGCUGUUCUCAAUCCAAAGCUGACUAUUGUUAGAAAGCUUUCUGCAAACACAACUAGCACAGCAAAUAAUGGCACUGGCCCAUCGGAAUCUGCUGAUGAUGAUUUACCUAGUGUGAUGACAUGUGCCAAUUAUUUGAAGCUUCCACCAUAUUCAUCUAAGGAAAUUAUGUACAAGAAACUGCUUUACGCCAUCCGCGAAGGACAGGGAUCUUUUGAUUUGUCUUGAAAGUUGUCGAGCUUCUUCUGUAAAAUUAAUUUAUGUUCUGUUCUGUUCUGCCCAUGAAUGGUUCAAUUUGUAGCUUAAUAAUGGGGAACCAUUUGUGCGCUUUCUCAACCUCAACCGUUACAGUCAGUUAGGUGAUGGAAGGUUGCACAAGGAGCACUUGAAGCCUGCGUGUAGAUAAGUUACGAUUUACUAUUUAGACUUUUGCCUAAUUUUCUCGAAAUUGCAAUGAAUUGUAGAGCUUUGUUAGCAAAAAUCAACUGUUAUGGAUAAUGUUGUGUACUCAUCAGAUCCAUUUUCUUUUCCUAUACUUUUUUACUUUCGGAAUAUAGACGAUUCUUGGAGUUAAAAAUUGAAUUUUAAGGGCGAACCGCAUUAUCGUUACAGUAAGUUUGCUUGAACUGUUUUUUAUUGCCUGUGGGAGCUUGUAACCAAUCUUUGUGAUUUGUGUUCUAUUAUUCCUUAGCACAGUAUUAUCAAUGGA